AUGGCUUCCCCUAGCGUUCCCACCUUUGACGGUGAGGGUCGGGCAGUGGACUUUGAGGUCUGGGUAGAUGAUCUGCAGCUUAUCCUGCAGUGCGAUAGGGCAGAUGGCCUCUCCCAAUUUGACCUCACUUUUGGUGCCUCCCCUGCUCCUGCUGCUGAUGCUGACGCCACUGUUUGCUCACAGUGGGCCACACGUGAUGCUACUGCUCGCCUUGCUGUGCGCCGCCACUUACCGACCACUAAGCGUGCACACUUUAGCCACCGCCUCAUGCUACCGUACCUCUUCCCUGACCUUGCUGCCUUUCUCACAGUCGCUGACCUCAUUACGCACCUCCGCACUAGUGACGCUCGCUACCGCGCUGCGUUUCCUGCUGAGUUCUGUGCCAAGAACCCCCCCCCCAUGUACAUCACCCUCUACUACAUAGUCAUCCGGCUCCAUGAGUCUCUUCGGGUAGUCAGGGACCACUUCCUCUCUGUUUGCCCCACCACUCUCACCGGUGACCUCCUCGAGAAGGCCCUCCUAGCAAAAGAGAAGAGCAUAGUCGCUGUAGGAGCCUCUCGUGGUGACCCUCGCACCCCCGUCUUUGAGGGGUGUUCUCCCUCCCCCCUCUUGCCCUGUGUUGCCUCUGCUGCUGCGGCCGACCUCGUUCGUUUCGAGUCGGUCGGCGCUGCGUCUGCCCCGAGCGGGAGACGCCGCACCGGCAAGGGCAAGGGGGGCAAGGGCACUGGAGGGGCUGGAGGGGGCGGUGGAGGUGGUGGUGGAGGCAGUGGAGGGAGUGGGGGUGGUGGUGGGAGUGGUGCCGGGGGUGGCGGCGGCGGCGGUAGCAAUGGAGGCGGCGGAGGCGGUGGAGGUGGCGCAGGGAGCGGAGGCGGCGGAGGUAGUGGAGGAGGCGGAGAUGGAGGAGGCGGCGGCGGAGGCGGCGGUGGUGGAGCGAGUCGCGACUCUGCGUAG